AUGGUGGGCUCAUCUCCCGGUGGCAGGACAGUGGGGGCAUCAGUGGCUUCAGGGGUGCUGGCGGUUGGUGCAGGAGUAUCGUCUGGAGGAGAUGUCGGACUCGGCGUUGGCAAGGGAAGCUCAGUUGCCGACUUGAAUGCUGUUGGACCUUUAGGGAACUCAGUGGCAGACUUGUCGGCAGAAAAUGCUGCAUACUCGUCAUCGCGAGCUUGCAUCAUGUUGCCACCUCCAUUUUUCCUUGUCUUCAUGCCCUUUGGCUUUGGGUUAGACUUGGCGCUCUUCGAGUCCAUCAUACUGCCGGAGUUCAUGCUUUUACUGUCCAUCAUACUCUUGCUAUCCUUCGUACUACCAGAGUUCAUGCUGGCCUUCAUAGUUCCCAUCAUGCUCUUUGGGUCCAUCAUUUUCUUGGCCUUCAUACUCAUAGAACUCAUAGUAGACAUCCCUGAUUUGAGGCGUCUCCUCUCGAGUCUCAGAUUUCCAUGUCGGCCUCCCUUGAUGCCAACUCUAGCGGCUACUUCUCUCGCAUCAAACACGAGAGCCGUCAAUAAAAAUAUCAGCCCUACGGCACUACGAUGGAACAUGGUAGAGUGUUCCGGUUGCAACGACAGCGACGAAUGGGUGUUUGUGAUGAAAUCGUUUCUACGGAUUUCUAUUGUUCAGGAUGUGUGUCCAAAAGCAACAAAGUCCUGGCGAUGUUCAAUUCGGAUGUGCCUCUGCGACUUUUGGCGUCGUGGCUUCAAUUCAGGCGAAAGCACCCGCCUGAUGAAGAAAUAUGUGCUUGUCUUCCGUCGUGACAGCACAAAAUUGUGA